UUAUUUGUGGUGCUACCAUUGAAGACUUCAACAUCUCCCAGUACCUUUGGUCAUGCUGGACAUGAACAUCACUCUUGUCAGUGAGUUCAUCCUGGUGGGCUUCCCUACAGCCCCUUGGCUACAGGUCCUCCUAUUCUUUCUUUUCCUUGUGGUCUAUAUGUUGAUUAUAGCAGAGAAUCUUGUAAUUAUAUUCACUGUCUGGGCCACUGGCUCCCUCCACAAGCCCAUGUACUAUUUCCUAAGUAGCAUGUCCUUUCUAGAGAUCUGGUAUGUCUCUGUCACUGUCCCUAAAAUGCUAGAUGGAUUCCUCUUACAGAGACGGCACAUCUCCUUUACAGGCUGCAUGACCCAGCUCUACUUCUUUAUCUCACUUGCCUGCACAGAGUGUGUGCUCCUGGCAGCUAUGGCCUACGAUCGCUAUGUGGCCAUCUGCCACCCUCUCCGAUAUCCAGUCAUUAUGACCACAGUUUACUGUAUGCAGCUGAUGGCCCUUUCCUAUUUCAGUGGUUUCAUGGUCUCUGUUGUCAAAGUCUAUUUCAUUUCACAUGUUGCUUUCUGUGGCUCCAAUGUCAUGAACCACUUUUUCUGUGAUAUCUCACCAAUCCUCAAAUUGGCAUGCAAAGACAUGUCCACAGCUGAGUUAGUAGACUUUGCUUUGGCUAUUGUCAUCCUCGUCUUUCCUCUUAUCACCACUGUACUCUCCUAUGUCUACAUAGUGUCCACCAUUCUGCGCAUACCCUCCACCCAGGGAAGAAAGAAAGCUUUUUCUACCUGUGCCUCCCACCUCACUGUGGUCAUAAUUUAUUACACAGCUAUGAUUUUCAUGUACGUCCGACCCAGAGCUAUCGCAUCUUUUAAUUCCAACAAACUCAUCUCUGCUGUGUAUGCAGUACUUACACCCAUGCUGAAUCCUUUCAUCUACUGCCUAAGGAACCAGGAAGUCAAAAAUGCUAUCAAGAAGACCUUGGGAGGUGGUCAGUGCUUCCUGCUCAGCUGAUCCCCUUGCCUUGAGAUAAAGACAUUGCUAAUGUAAUUUAUGAGAGUUAUCGUGGUCCUUUUAUUAAUA